AUGGUUCUCUUCUUCGUGAGAAGCGGCAGCAGGAAUACUUGUGUAGCUAGCGGCGAUGACCCAGCAGAAAACAACAAUCAAUUAAGUAUCGUGGUGGUGACAUGUGCCACCAAUAACGUAUCCCACCACGGGCCACAACUUGAGCUUUGCGGAAUGACUAAAGUGGUGGCGACAUACAGCAGGUUCGUAUUCGAGAGAUUCAGUUCAGUGGAUGCUGUUCUGGGCCUGACGGUCUAUGGAGAAAUUAGGGAAGAUAAGGAUUCAGCAGCAUUCGCUGCGGCUUCACUACGGGCGCUGAUUGCGGCAUUGGGCGGGAACUUGACAAUCCACCUCCGGAAGAUCAUGGCUUCUAUUUUGUUGCUGUUGUUUACCCCGAGAGAUUGUCGGGCGCUCGAAUGCAGGCAUGAUGCUGAGAUUGUACCGUCGAACACUCGACCAACUCUUGGAUCGGGGAUUUUGUUUACCUAUCCUGAAAUCGCUACUAUUGCCGGUGUCCAGGGCUUGGUUAUCUAUGGGUUAGCUUCGGCACUACCGCUAUUGGUUUUUGGAUAUUUGGGGCCAAUUAUCAGGACAAAAUGUCCCGAGGGUUUUGUUCUCACCGAAUGGGCCCGGGAGCGAUAUGGUUUGGUCACGGCGAUAUACCUUAGUAUUUUAACAUUGAUUACGUUAUUUCUAUACAUGGUUGCGGAACUUUCUGCGCUUCAACAAAUCGUCAAUGCUCUCACUGGACUCAACGGAUUACCAACCGUGAUCGUUCAAGUUAUGGUGACGACGAUUUACACGUCCCUGGGUGGCUUCAAGGUAUCUUUUAUCACCGACAACAUCCAGGGAGCAAUGGUGGUGGGAUUAGUCAUCAUAGCUGUCAUCACCGUGGGUACGAAAACGACCAUCGACCGAUCCCUAAUCGACUCCUCUGGCCUCUUGGACCCCUCCCUUCUUGGAUGGCAGCUAAUAUAUAUCCUCCCAAUCGCCAUCUUCACGAACGAUUUCUUCCUGUCCAACUUCUGGCUGCGAACUUUCGCCUCCAAAAGUGACCGCGACCUGCGCAUCGGCGUAUCAAUUGCAAGUGGCACUGUGUUUUGCAUCCUCACCCUGGUUGGUGUAACGGGUUUACUGGCAGCAUGGUCGGGCGCCUGGCCUGGAAACCCACCCCAGCGGGCCUCGAUCGCAUUUUUCCUGCUUCUCGAAAAACUCCCUGGCUGGGUGGUUGGCAUCGUGCUAGUCAUGACUGUUUCUCUUAGUACUGCCGCAUUUGACAGCUUGCAGUCUGCCAUGGUUAGCACGGGUAGUAACGACCUCUUCCGCAACCGCCUGCCACUGAUAUAUGUGCGCAUCCUUGUUGUUCUGUGCAUUAUCCCUGUCGUAGUUGUUGCCCUCAAGUCUCCCAGCGUGCUGCAGAUCUUUCUGAUAUCUGAUCUCGUAUCUGCUUCUUCGAUUCCUGUUUUAACUUUUGGGCUCUGGGAGAAAGCGUAUUGGUGGAAGGGAUUCGAGGUAGUCGUUGGAGGGCUAGGGGGGAUUUUCUCUGUCUUCAUUUUCGGAGCAAUUUAUUUCAAAGAUGCAAAGGAGGGGGCUAAAUUGAUUCUUUUGGGGAACGGUCUUUAUGCACAAGACUGGAGUGUUUUUGGUGCAUUCCUGGCCGCCCCCUUGGGUGGUAUUCUCUUCGGUAUCGCAGCCCUAGGCUUGCGAUUGGGUUAUCAAUUCCUGCUGAGCAAAUACCAACAUCACAGAUUCGAUGCGCUGGAUAAGCCAUCGCCACGUCUUCAACCUUCCGGCGACGGGAUUUCCGAUUAUGGAACUUCUCCCAUUGAAUCUGGUGUUGAAGGACUGCCUUCCACCCUCCAAUUUGCUGCCAAGCAAGAUACGGAAGCAAAUAUUGUCCCUGGCAGCGUUAAAACACCUCUGUAA